AUGGACCCAAACAAAUGGACAGAUGCAACUGUUCAAAUGUUCAAAGAAUCACAAGAAAUAGCAUUUGAAAGAAAAAAUGCAUACAUUAUGCCAAUUCAUAUGAUGGAAGCAAUUGUUGAAGAAGAAUCAAAUAUUGUUAUCCGAAUAGUUGAAAUGAUGGGAGGUGAUGUUAAUAAAUUAAGGAAAGAAAUAAAAGAAACAAUGAAUAAAAUUGCAGUUCAAAAUCCACCACCAGUUGAUAUUGGACUUCAUCCAACAACACAACAAGUAUUAAGAAGAGCAAUAGAGAAACAAAAAAUAAUGGGAGACUCAUAUCUUGCAAUAGAUGUAAUUGUAAUGUCAUUAAUGGAAGAGAAAGAAAUUAGUACAAUAGUAGGAAAUAGUGGAAUUAAUGUGAAAGAAUUUAACAAAAAAAUAACAGAAAUGAGAAAAGGACAAAGUGUAGAAACAAAAGAAGCAGAAAGUCAAUAUGAAGCAUUAAAGAAAUAUGGAAAUGAUUUAACAGCACAAGCAGAAAGUGGAAAGAUGGAUCCAAUUAUUGGAAGAGAUGAAGAAAUUAAACGAGUUAUUCGUAUUUUAUCAAGAAGAACAAAAAAUAAUCCAGUAUUAAUAGGAGAACCAGGAGUAGGUAAAACAGCAGUAGUUGAAGGACUUGCACAACGAAUCGUUAAAGGAGAUGUUCCAAGUAAUUUACAAUGUCGAGUUAUUGGAUUAGAUAUGGGAGCAUUAAUAGCAGGAGCACAAUAUAGAGGACAAUUUGAAGAAAGAUUAAAAGCAGUAAUAAAAGAAGUUAAAGAGAGUAAAAUACCUAUUAUAUUAUUUAUAGAUGAAAUUCAUACAGUAUUAGGAGCAGGAGCAACAGGAGAAGGAGCAAUGGAUGCAGCUAAUAUUUUAAAACCAAUGUUAUCAAGAGGAGAAUUACGAUGUAUUGGAGCAACAACAAUAGAAGAAUAUAGAAAAUAUGUAGAAAAAGAUCCAGCAUUUGAAAGACGAUUCCAACAAGUUUAUGUAAAUGAGCCAAGUGAAGAAGAUACAUUAUAUAUUCUUCGAGGAAUACGAGAGAAAUAUGAAAAUCAUUAUGGAUUAACAAUUACCGAUUCAGCAUUAGUUUCAGCAGCAACAUUAAGUAAAAGAUAUAUUAAUGGAAGAUUUCUUCCAGAUAAAGCAAUUGAUUUAGUUGAUGAAGCAUGUGCUACAUUAUUUACACAAAAGAAUUCACAACCAGAAGAAAUAGAUAAAUUAGAAAGAAGAGAAACACAAUUAAAUGUAGAGAAAAUAGCAUUAGAAAGAGACAUUAAAGAAAGUGAUGAAGACCAUAAUAAAAUGAUUAAAGAAAGACUACAAGAUAUUGAAAAAGAAUUAAGUGAAAAUAAAGAGAAAUUAACAAAAUUACGAAUUAACUAUGAAAAAGAAAAAGGAGGAAGUGAAGAAAUGAAAGAACUUGCAACGAAAAUAGAAGCUAUGAAACAUAAAGCAGAAAGUACUAAAGAUUUAGAAGUAGCAGCUGAUUUAAAAUAUUAUGCAAUACCAGAAGCAGAAAAAAGAAUGAAAGAAUUAAAGGAACAAAAUAAAGAAACAACAAUGAUAUCAUUACAAGUUACACCAACACAAAUAGAAGAAGUAGUUAGUAGAUGGACAGGAAUUCCUGUUACUAAAAUGAAUCAAACAGAGAAAAUAAGACUAAUGAAAUUAGAAGAAGAACUACAUAAACGAGUAAUAGGACAAAAUGAAGCAGUAACAGCAGUUAGUGAUGCAAUUAUUCGAAGUAGAGGAGGAUUAGGAAAUGAAAAACGACCAACAGGUAGUUUUAUGUUUUUAGGACCAAGUGGAGUAGGAAAAACCGAAUUAGCAAAAGCAUUAGCAGUUGAAUUAUUUGAUGAUGAACAAAAUAUAGUUAGAAUAGAUAUGAGUGAAUAUAUGGAAAGUCAUAGUGUAUCAAGAUUAAUAGGAGCACCACCAGGAUAUGUAGGAUAUGAAGAAGGAGGACAAUUGACAGAGGCAAUUCGUAGAAAACCAUAUAGUGUAAUAUUAUUUGAUGAAAUUGAAAAAGCACAUCCACAAGUAUUUAAUGUAUUAUUACAAUUAUUAGAUGAAGGAAGAUUAACAGAUGGAAGAGGAAGAACAGUUGAUUUUAAGAAUACUAUUGUUAUUAUGACAUCAAAUUUAGGAAGUGAAAUAAUAAUGAAAGGAGUAGAAACAGAAGGACAAGUUAGUAGAAAAGUUAAAGAAACAGUAAUGGAAAUAGUAAAGAAAACAUUUAAACCAGAGUUUCUUAAUAGAUUAGAUGAUAUUAUAGUAUUCUCACCACUUUCAGAGAAAGAAUUAAAAGAAAUAGUUAAAUUACAAAUGGGAGAAGUGAUUAAAAUGAUUAAAAAGAGAUAUCCAUUAAGUGAAGUAGAAAUGACAGAAUCAGCAAUAGAAGGAAUCAUUAAAUCAGGAUAUUCAAUAGCAUAUGGAGCAAGACCAAUGCGACGAUAUAUAGAAAAGACAGUAGUAACUUCAAUAACAAAAUCAAUAAUAAGUGGAAUGAUGAAAGAGAAGAAUAAAAUUCAAAUAGAUUAUGAAAAUGAUAAAAUUCAAGUCAAAAUAACAGAUAAAUGA